CAAAAGAUAUUGGCUCACAAAGUAGAAGCGAGGAUCAGGAGAACGUUCCUCAGAAGGACAGACAGAGUGAAUUUUAACUGAAACAAAUGAGUAGAAGUGAAGUGAAGCUGACUUUCGUUCCAGGAUGAAGAUCCUCCUCCUUGUCACGCUCUACCUUUUCUCAGGUCCAGUAGACUGCACUGAUGUGACUGGCUUCUCAGGAGGAAGCGUCAUUAUAAUCUCUGAUCUACAAUGGAAUUCAAACCAUACUAAAUAUAUUUGUAAAAUGUCACAAACUGAUUGCGUUGAUAUCAUACGUUUCCACAGCCAAAGUAUCCAUGUUCAGUACAAAAGAUUCUUGCUGUAUAGAAACACAGGAGGUUCUUUCUUAGUGCUGAUCAGAAAGCUGAAGCCACAGGAUGCUGGAACGUACAGAAUUGGAGUGGAAGAUCAGAGCAACUCCACCGUGAACCUUAAAGUUCGUAAUGAUGCAUCUUAUGGGGCGCCAAAAAUAAUGAAUGCUAAUCUUGGGCAGAAUAUAACUAUCACCUGUAACUAUCCAGGGGAGUAUGCAAAAAACAACAAGUAUGUCAUCACACUGGAUGAUGAGGCUUAUGUCAAAGCCAUUAUUGACACUCAAACAAUAGAUGAGAACGGCAGAUUCUCCAUUUCUGAUGACAGAAGUGCUAAAGUUCUCAGUGUGAGCCUCAGCGAUGUGAAAGAAGCUGAUGGAAUAUUUUAUUUAUUUGGAGUGUGGAAUGGAGGAGGGUCAAUCAGGUAUUACUCCUACUUUGCAGAGAUUCAGCUGCAUGUAACAGGAUCCUAUACAACAGCAUCACCAGCACCGCGAGAAAACCCAUCUGGUGCAGUAUAUUCCAGUUCCUCUGCCAUCAUCGGUGUUUGUGUCUUUGUGGCUCUGCUGCUGAUUGGAGGAUUUGCACUGAUGAUCAUCUACAAACUGAGACACAGGAGAACACAUGGCAAUACAAGUUUCAGCUCGUUUGUCCAAGAGGAAACAGAAUAAACAAGACUGUGACCUGCAAAACCGUACUGAUCACAAUCAGUGACAGUUUGGUAACAUCUGCAGCUUCUGGAGGACUGAUAACCAUUCUUUAUAUAAGUGUUGUUUCUAAUUUUAUUUUUUUAUCUGCUUUGCUAAAUUGCUGUUAUGAAAUGGAAAGUUUGAGAAAGGUGCUAUAUAAAUGAAACUUCUUGUUCUUCUUCUUCUGGCUAGGGUGUCUAUGGAAGCCCAUAGAACCGUCCGGUAAAUGUUGUGAAAUUUGGUACACUGAUUGGGGAGGGUCUAAGAAACAUCCUGCCCAAAUUUGGGCCAAGUGCUUCCAAUGUUCUAGCACUAACAUCGGGUCAAAUUUGGGCCUAAUUUGGAUGUUUAUGGUCAUCAUUUUUUUUACUUGUGCGUGCAACAUUUUAAAGUCCUGGAUUCCCUGGGUCCAAAUGAACGCAUUUUCAGGACCAUGACCUGAGGUUAUGCAACAAGUUUAUUACAGUCUAAAUAUGAACCUGCCUCUAACCUCCUCUGACCAAGAUGAUAAUGGGGAAUCUAUUUAGUGCUGUAAUCACAUUUGACACAUUGAACUUUUUCUGUUUCAAUUAUGUUGUUUAUGGGGGUUUUUUUAAAAAGAAAAAAAAAGAAGAAAAGUACAGCAAUAUUCUAAACAAUGAAUAAAUGAUAAUAAAAAAUGUAUAUGUGAUGAUGACAUGUGUGAUGAAAUUCUCUUUCACGUUCCUGUACUUUUUCUGUUUCAAUUAUGCUGUUUAUCUCCACACACGGCAGAGGGAGGACUGUCUUCCUAAAACUAUAAGUUCAAUUUACUUGUAUUAAUCUUGCGUUAGGACAAUCCUCAAAUCACUGACAUGAACAUUAUAAAAGAUGUUCUAAGUGUAUUGCUAUGAAAUCUAAAGAAAUGUCAAAAGACAACCAAGCAUGAACAAAACAUGAGGGUUAAAUAGAGAGCUGUCCUCAGACUGGAACAUCCACUGUUUUCUACACACAAAGAAAAAUAGGUUUAUGUCCUGUUCUCAGGCCCGGAUUGGCAGCCUGUGUGUUGUGACUGACUUGGCCUGCUUUUUCUUU